AUGAAUACAAAUCGAAUGGAAAUAAAUUCUAAAGAAAAAAUUCAAGAAACGCAAUUAACAUCAAAAGAAAAACGUGCUAUUUAUAUGUCUCGAUUACGUGGUGCAAUUGAUUCUGAAUAUCGUCGUAUGGAACGUGAAAAUAAUGCACGUGCUAUGCGUAAAAAACGUUUAGAAAAUCCAUUAUAUCGUGAACAUGAACGUUGUCAAAAUCGUAGACAUAUGGCUGAAAUGCGUCGUAAAAAUUCCGAAUAUCGACAACGAGAACAUAUUAAAAAUCGUCAUCGUAUGACAUUAAAACGUGGUUUACAUUCACAGACUUCAUCAAAAAUUAAUAAUACAAAAAAAUUAACAUCUAUUAAUAAUGAUAAUAAUAAUAAUGAUAAUAAUAAUGAUAAUAAUAAUAAUAAUAAUAAUAAUAAUAAUAAUAAUAAUAAUGAUAUGAUAAAUUCAAUUUAUCAAAUAUUAGAAAAUAAUUUACAAUCAUCACAUAUAUCAUUUAUUCCAUAUCAAACAAAUUUUGAUUGUUAUCAACAACUAUCAAAUAAUACUAAACAACGAAGUGAAUAUGAACUUUUACAACAAAUCGAUGACUAUUGUCGUCAACAAGAUAUUAGAUCGAGUUCAGAUAGUAAUAGUCGUAGUGCUGAUUCAACACCGUCUUAUUAG